AUGCGCUCCCUGAGGAAGACAGUGUUGUUUGCAGUCCUGGUGUCAGUGGUUCUGGUACUGGCUCUCAUCCACACGUGGCCCACUCGGGUCUACACAACCAUAGAGGUCUGGCAGCAACCAGGCCUCCUGGUAGAGAAGCAUCUGGAGAACCGUCUCCCGGAACCUCAUCCCCAGUUGAGCGCCAUCCCCUUUCGUGUGCGCGAAAGUGUGGCAGGCUUGUUGGCACGCAACGGAUGCGUGUGUGAGAGCGAAGGGGUGACUCUGCCCUUCUUCCAAAUCUUAUCGUCACGCGUGUCGGCUCACCAGCUGCACACGGCCUUCCAGGCGGACGAGCUGGAGGAGGUGAAGAAAAGACGGGAUAAGGAGUUUAAAAGCCUCCGGAAAAGGUUACAGUCAUCUGCGGAUACGCUCAUUAUCGCCGAGGCAAACAACCCGUUACAGUAUCCAACGCAGGGCGUGGAAGUGCGGCCGCUAAAAACAAUCAUCAUCCCAGGAUUGGCUUUACAGGACCUUCCCAGAGAUCAUUACUCGAUAAAUCUCACUGCCACGCUGGGAACGCUCAAUGUUGCCGCAGAAGUGGACGGGGUUCAAAUUCAAGGUGAUGGCGAGAUGCACAUGACGCUGUCAAGCAGUCGUCUCACCAAACUGAACCGACAGCUGCAGUUUGUCACGUACACCAACACGCUGUUCCACCCCAACACAGCGGACACAGUACAUUUUGAGACAGAGGGCCAUCAAGCCAACUUCAUCAUCAAGAUCCGUCACGGUGUCACGCCCAAACUGUACAACACAGGGAAUGAAGAAGGGUACAACAUCAGCGCGCUGGUUACCAUAGCAACCAAGACUUUCCUGCGCUACGACAAGCUUCAGAACCUCAUCGACAGCGUGAGGAAAUACUACCCGACCGUCACCAUUGUGAUUGCUGAUGACAGUCAAAAUCCCCAAAGCAUCUCUGGACCAUACAUCGAACAUUACAUCAUGCCAUUUGGAAAGGGCUGGUUUGCCGGUCGGAACCUGGCCAUAUCCCAGGUGACCACCAAGUAUGUGCUGUGGGUGGAUGAUGACUUUAUCUUCACCAGCAAGACCAAAGUGGAGAAAUUUGUGGAUGUUUUAGAGAGGACCACUUUGGACCUGGUGGGCGGUGCAGUUCGCGAGGCCACCGGGUAUACCACCACCUACAGGCAGACUAUAUCCAUCGAGCCUGGAGAGGGUGAUGGAGACUGUUUGCACUUGAGGAGAGGGUUCCAUCACGUGAUCCAAGGCUUUCCCAACUGCGUGGUGACUGAUGGGGUGGUUAACUUCUUCCUGGCUCGGACUGACAAAGUCCAGCAGGUCGGCUUUGACCCGCGCCUCAACAGGGUAGCCCACCUGGAAUUUUUCAUCGAUGGCCUGGGCUCUCUGCAUGUGGGCUCUUGCGACAACGUCAUUGUCAGUCACGCGAGCAAAAUCAAGUUCCCCUGGACCAGCCAAUCGGAAAGCGACAAGGCCUACGCCAAGUUUCGUUACCCGCCGGCCUCUUCGGAUGCCUCGCAAAGCAAACUUGGCCUCCUCUUCUUCAAGAACAGAUUUCAGUGUCUGACUCGCGGUGAUUAAUUUCCCUUUUUUUUCCCCACACAUCCUAUCUUGCCAAAGAGGACAUGAGGAUGCUUUUGCUGACAUUUUAUUUUUUUGUGCCAUGGAAAGGAUUCAACAAGUAUUUAUUUACAGUACGUAUAAACCAAACAGUGUAAAGACAAGUCUGUAUGUUUACAAAGAACAAUGUGAGUCUUGGCCAUAUGAGACUUUCAACACAAAUCCAGACGGUUCCCAUUAUUGUUGUGCCUGGUCAGAGGGGACGCCUCCCACAAAGUGACAAUCCUGUAAAUACGCAGCGCAGAGGGAGGAUCCCCGUUUAUAUGGCCACACAUAGGACAACUUGGCACCUAAUAUUGUGGCCACUUUGACUUCUGCUAGCCUACCCAUAAUGCUGCAUUCCCCCUCGUGAAAUAU